GCUAACGGAGCUGAUUACAUAAAACACAGAUUAAUUCUCCAAAAAUCAAUUAAUGGAGAACAAUAAGAAAGAUGAUGCAAACAAGCAAUGCAUCGAUGAUGGAGUUGAAGCCGCAGACCUAGUUAUUACGGAGAGAUUUUUACAAGAAUUGUUGCGCAGCACCGGGACAAAUUCGUUCACUCAGCAACAAUUAGGUCAAGCUGCAGAUAUAUCCCUAGCGGAAUUGAGCUCACUGGAAGGUGACCCGGAUCGGCUUGCCAGAAAAAGAAAGAUCGAUAGAGAAUACCGGGUUAGAUGCAAGGAAAAAGAAAAUCAAAUGAGGUGCAAUCUGGGGACACUUGAGCAAGAGAACAGGCAAUUGCAACAAGAAAAUGAAUUUCUGAAAACAAAUAAUGGUUUGGUGAAUCAAUUGUUGCAAACUCAGUCAAAGGAACUGGAUCAGCGUAGAAAUGAAAUUGAGAAAUUGAAGCUCGAGAAUCGAAAGCAAAUUGUUCUUGUGCAUACACUUUCUGAUCUUCUUGUAAGUCUUUAUUGCAAUUAACCGUUUUAUUUUCCUUUUUCUUGGAACGACAUUGCUAUUCUUAUAUCGUGUGGUAGUAUUAUUUUAAGUUUACAAGAAAAACAUGUCAAUAAAUAAAUAAAUGAAUAUAAUAUGAAGAGUUUU